UCGAGCCCUGCCGCCGCCGCCGCCGCCGCAAUGGCCGAGACUAAAAUAAUUUACCACAUGGACGAGGAGGAGACGCCGUACCUGGUGAAGCUGCAGUUACCCGCCGACAGGGUGACGCUGGCCGACUUCAAACUGGUUCUGAACAAACCCAACUACAAAUUCUUCUUCAAAUCCAUGGACCAGGACUUCGGUGUUGUGAAAGAAGAAAUCUCUGAUGACAACGCAAAGCUGCCUUGUUUCAACGGGAGGGUUGUCUCCUGGUUGGUAUCUGCUGAAGGCUCACAGCCAGAACCAGCACCUCACCCAGUUAGCACAAUGCCAGAUGUACCUCCUCCAAUCGAACGAACAGGUGGAAUUGGAGACUCGAGACCUCCUUCUUUCCAUGCAAACGUGACUGGGAGUCGGGAGAAUUUGGAUAACGAGACCGAGACGGAAUCGGUGGUGUUGUCCCGGAGAGAGAAGCCCCGACGGAGGGAGAGUAUGGAACAUGGUCCCAGAGUUAAUGGACACCCAAAAAUGGAGCGGCAUCUUGCUGGUUACGAGAGCUCGUCCACACUCCUGAGCAGCGAGCUAGAAACUACCAGCUUCUGUGACUCGGAUGAGGAUGAUGCAGCCAGCAGAUUCAGCAGCUCCACUGAACAGAGCACCAACUCGCGGAUCCUGAAACGUCACCGGCGCAGACGGAAACAGAGGCCCCCGCGACUCGAACGUGCCUCCUCGUUUAGCAGCGUCACUGAUUCGACAAUGUCCCUGAACAUCAUCACAGUCACGUUGAACAUGGAGAAGUACAACUUUCUGGGUAUCAGUAUUGUUGGCCAGAGUAAUGAGCGAGGGGACGGAGGGAUCUACAUUGGAUCAAUAAUGAAAGGUGGAGCAGUGGCUGCAGACGGGAGGAUCGAACCUGGUGACAUGCUGUUACAGGUGAACGACAUCAACUUUGAGAACAUGAGCAAUGACGAUGCUGUGCGGGUUUUGAGAGAGAUAGUUCACAAGCCCGGGCCAAUCAUUUUAACAGUUGCCAAAUGCUGGGACCCAUCACCUCAGGGCUACUUCACUUUGCCCAGAAAUGAGCCAAUCCGACCUAUUGAUCCUGCUGCCUGGGUGUCUCACUCUGUUGCGUUAACUGGUGCAUAUCCAGCUUAUGGUGCUAGUUCAUCCAUGAGCACCAUCACCUCAAGCAGCUCAAUUACCGAAACUGAACGUUUUGACGACUUUAACCUGUCCAUCCACACGGAUAUGAUGUCUGUUGCUAAGGCGAUGGCUUCCCCAGAGUCUGGCCUUGAGGUUCGAGACAGGAUGUGGUUGAAGAUUACAAUCCCCAAUGCAUUCUUAGGCUCCGACGUUGUGGACUGGCUGUACCACCACAUCGAGGGCUUCCAGGAUCGCAGGGAGGCGAGGAAGUACGCGAGUAACCUGCUGAAGGCUGGCUUCAUCCGUCACACAGUCAACAAGAUCACCUUUUCCGAGCAGUGUUACUACAUCUUUGGGGAUUUCAGUGGUUGUGAAAACUAUUUGGCCAAUCUCUCCUUGAAUGACAAUGACGGUUCAAGUGGCGCCUCCGACCAGGACACGUUGACCCCACUCCCUCACCCGGGCACCACCCCGUGGCCGAUAAUGCAUUCCUUCCAGUAUCCCUACCCGCCUCCACAUCCCUACUCCACACAGCCACCCAGUUACCACGAGCUAACUACCUACAGCUACGGGGGCGGAGGAAGUGCCGGCAGCCAGCACAGUGAAGGAAGCCGGAGCAGUGGGUCCAACCGCAGCGAGAGCGAGAGGCGCACGGGCAAAGACAAAGACAGUAAAACGGUGGACUCCAAGUCGGGCAGUGGCAGCGAGUCGGAGUACUCCACCCGGAGCAGCGUGCGCCGUGAUCACACCGGGAGUGAGCGCUCGGCUGCCAACAGUGAGCAUAGCCACCGCAGCCACCACCACUCGGUCAUGGGCAGCGUGCGCUCCCACCAUUCUGUCCACCCCUACGGGCCACCGGGGGUCCCGCUGCAGUACAACCCCCUGAUGGUGAUGAUGGUGCCCCAGCCGCCACCACCGUCAUCUGCUGCCGUACCCCCCGGAGCGCCCCCAGUCCGCGACUUGGCCUCCGUGCCCCCUGAGCUCACUGCCAGCCGUCAGUCCUUUCACAUGGCCAUGGGAAAUCCCAGCGAGUUCUUCGUGGACGUCAUGUGACUCAGGCGGCGGAGCGACACUUCUCCAGUUCAUUCUCUUUCUCUCUCUCUCUCUCUCUCACACACACACAUCUCUCUCUCACAUCUCUCUCUCUCUCUCAUCUUCUCUCUCUCUCACACAUUUUCUCUCUUCCCUUCUAUGUCGCCGUAUCAGUCUCAAAGAAGUGGCGGGGGGGGGUGAAGAAUCUGGUGCUGACAUUGUAAAUAACGUCACUUUUCACACCCACGAUCCUGAAACACUAAUCAAGGAGGGCUGGCUACACAAGCAGCCGCUGACCCUCGACAACACAAGGCAGCCGUCACUGGAGCCGAAACCGAGACAAGUAUUUCAAAACGAACUGCGUUUUUUUUAGUAUAAUUUAAUUGAAGUACCAAUUAACAAGUGCAAUUCUAGUCUUUUAUUUCUUGUUUUUUUUUAUAUAUAUAUUAUAUACCAGGACGGAGUAUUAUCCUCCACUGUAAUCACUACGUCCCUGAUGGGUUUGUACCUGCAAACUCCAAAAAAAAAUACAGUAACAAUUUGAGCAACUGCGUGGCCACUGCCUACAAGCUGCCCGGGGCCUGACGUUUCGAUAUCACGACCUUGCGGAGUACUUGGUUGAGGGCCGUUCUGGCGGUCAGCCUUCCAUUGCCGUGCAGUGUCAUUUCAGGGACCAAGUGCAAAGCCUGGGCUUGUGUUUUCUUUUAAAAAUUGUAGAAUAAAGGUAACCCGGUUACCUUGUUGGAGUGUUUUCAGAAGGAACGUCCGUUGGUAAUCCAGUUGUUAGCUCAGUAUUGCAACGAUUUUUGGAGUUUUUACAAAACAUAAAUAAACUUUACAGUCUUAUGAA